AUGUCUAGCCGAUCGUUGCAAGCGCUGCGAUCAGUGCAACGGCCCGCCUUUGCGGCCCAGGCUAUUCGAAGCGCCACGAGUGGCUCUUCUGUUCGCGGCUUUGCGUGUUCUACACCUGGUGCUCACAGCAGCCGCUUGGGCCCAGCCUCGACUGCAAAUACUCAGAAGCUAUCUUUGCGCCCGACAGUGCCUGUUGCAGGUGCCAUCUUUGGCAGACAGCAAUGUGAGUGCCUCUGUUUCCAUUCCGCCUCCUUGUGGCAACAGCAGCGGUGGAGACGACAACUCGUAGCUAACGAGCUUUCUACCGCCCACUGCUCCAUGCUACUUGCACACAGCCCGGUCGAUGUUCAUUCAGACGGAGUCCACUCCCAAUGAGGACUCUCUCAAGUUCUUGCCCGGCCAACAAGUGAUGCAGAGCGGCACGGCCGAAUUCACAGACACCCGCUCUUCCAUGUGAGUCUUCGCCCCCUGUGCACGAACCGGCUGCGCGGAAGCUCGGAUGCUGAUUGGUGACGCCCUUUCUUUUGCACAGGACAUCUCCGCUUGCAAAGACGCUUUUCGGAUUGAAUGGAGUCAAGACAGUAUUCUUCGGUCCCGACUUUGUCACCGUCUCUAAAGACAGCGAGACUCAGUGGUCAACACUGAAGCCCGAGAUCUACAGCACCAUCAUGGAGCAUUUUACAGCGGGCAGAGACCUCUUUUUGGAUCCUGAAUCUGCUCAGGGCUCUUCAGACACGAUCAUCUUGGACACGGACAGCGAGACGGUUGCUAUGAUCAAGGAGCUUUUGGACACUCGGGUUCGACCCGCAAUACAGGAGGACGGCGGGGAUAUCGAGUACAGGGGCUUCGAUGAGGACGGCGAUCGAAUUGUGCGUUUGAAAUUGAAAGGCUCGUGCAGAGGCUGCUCCAGCAGUGCAGUUACCUUGAAAGUGAGUGCGCACAGAAUAUCCCAUCGUCACGAAAGCGUCAGCGUGCUUACUUCGUCUUGCGUCUACAGACCGGAAUCGAGCGUAUGCUCAAGCACUACAUUCCAGAGGUCGAAGCAGUUGAGCAGGUCAGUGAAGCGAUUGUUGCGCUGCCCCUGUAGCCUGACCUGCACGUUACUGAAACGAUCUUGUCGAUAUCAGGUGCUCGACCAGGAAGAGGAGAUUGCAUUGGACGAAUUCGCCAAGUUGGAGUCAAAGCUCAACAAGGAUCGAGCACGAGAAUCUCAGAUGGGCUUCUCGCACUAG